GGUCUGGAACCGGAACCUUUGACCUCACCGUUUGUGCACAACGUGUUGGAUUUCCUGCCGGCGCUGCAGGAGAAGGAGAAACCGCCUCUCAAUCUGGUGGGCAAUGUGAAUGGUAAAAUUGCAGUCAUUGUGGAUGAUAUUAUUGACGAUGUGGAUGACUACGUUACAGCUGCGGAACUUCUCCACUCCAGAGGUGCCUAUAAGUUCUUUGAACUCUUGAUUGACGUCUGUAUUUUUUGCUAUUCUUUUGAAGAGACGAAUUCGUGUCAUGAACGGUCAUCUAAUGCAGUGCUGUUAUUCAUUAUUUCCAAUCGGCCCUAUUGCAUCAGCAUUCUGGAAUUUGGUCGUGGAUAG